AUGCCAGGCGAUGACGAUGUGGAUAUCGCUCCAUCUGAACUGGGGACGAAAUCGUACUGGGAUUCAAGAUACGAGCUAGAAUUGCACAAUUUCGAAGAAUGCGGCGACGAAGGCGAGAUAUGGUUCGGAAAAAGUGCUGAGAAGAGGAUAAUCGACUUUGUCACGACGCACGUGUCCAAAUCAGCUCCGAUUCUAGACUUAGGAUGCGGAAAUGGUUCCGUUCUAAGGAGAUUGUUGGCGAAACGAGUUUCCGAGGAGGAUGAGGAUGCUUCCAAAGGCGACAUCACUUUUGAGUAUUCGGUUGUUUUGGACAAGGGCACAUGGGAUGCAAUGAGCCUUUCGAAUGAUCGAGAACUGCGAUUAUGUGCUUACAAAACUGCUGUCAAAGAAGCUCUUUGCUGCUCAGGGAAAUUUGUGAUAUUUUCGUGCAACUUCACUAAGGAGGAGUUGUGCAAAUUCUUCGUCGACGGUACUUCUCUUGUAUUUCACAGUGAAAUUCCAGCUGCGCAUACGAUCAGUUUUGGAGGUCGUCAAGGUGUUACGUCUACAGGUGUUGUUUUCGAAAGGACAUGA